AUGGUGGAUGAGAAUUUUAUUGGAAAUGGUGGAUUUGCCGUCUUGUAUAGGAUUCCUAACUCCCGAAUGAAUAAAAUGACGAGAGACCGUGAAGUUGAAGCACUAAAGAAGCUCAAGCAUCAACGAGUCGUUAAAUAUUUUGCCUCUGUAAUCAAAGCCAAAGAAAUUGUUGGGCUCAUCAUGGAGUUCGUUGAAAGAAAAUCGUUGACAUACUAUCUUUUUUCACCAAAUGUUUCUUAUUCAAUGUACACAGUCGUCUGUUGGAUGGAACAACUUUUUAACAUAUUGAAGUACCUUGAAUCAACCGGCACGUUGCAUCGUGAUAUCAAGCCGGACAAUAUAUUGGUCGAUUACACUUACCAUUUGAUCUUGGGAGACUUUGGAUGUUCAAAAGUGAUCGACGGAAUGCUAGCCGUUGAGCCAGCCACAGUUCCUUCCGGGUCCUAUUGUGGCACCGAAAGAUAUAUGAGUCCAGAAGUGCGCUUUCCAGACCUUUUCCCGAAACAUGAAGGACAGAUAAAGUGGUCACAUGCUAGCGACGUUUAUUCAACGGGAAUUGUAUGUUGGGAGAUGAUUGAACGGAGACCACUUUUUGGAGAAUAUUUGAUGGUAGAUGGAUUGAUUUCGCCACGUUUUGAAGCUGAUUACAGAGAAACUCGAUGUUUGGAGGUGAUGGAGAAAAUCGAUUGCAUCGAAGGAAUCAAAAUCAUUAUUUAUGCAUGCGUUCGGUUUGAUCCACCUUCGAGAUUAAAAACUGCCGAUCUUUAUGAUAUGAUCCUCUCACACAGACAAGGGUACGAGCUGGGCUCUCAUUCGUUUGCUUUCCUACCCAAUGAAGACACAACACGCAAAGUGGUUUUACGACCAAUCGGCUUUGAUGGUGAAACGGAGGGUGUUCCAAUCUCAUCUACAUUCGAUGAAAUCUUUGGUGAUCUCUCCUUGGACGAUGAUUUUGAUGAUGACUGGGGAUUCGAAGAGCCGGAGAUGAUACCCAAUCAAACUGACUCAAAUAGCGAUAAAGAACAAGUCAUGGAAAAAGCAAUAGACCUUCACGACUUUGUUCUUUCACAGAUCAAUUUACCGAACAAUCUUCCGGAAGUUGAUUGGCGUUCAAAGAUUGAUUCAUUCUUAGAAAAGUCAUCAAAACAGCAAGUUCAGUCUGUUGCUUUUGCAACGAUACUUCUAUAUUGGCAUAACUUUCAAAACCUACAACAAAGGGUUGCAAAUUUUCAAGAAAUGUUUGAUGCUUACGACAUGAAUGCUCCAGUUCAGAACUCAACACAACUUCCAGAAGAACACCGAAUUUUUCAAAACUUGGCUGGCGAUCAGUUUGUUUACGCUAACAAAAGAGCAAAAGACGGAAGUUAUCAAUUUUUGCAGAGAAAUCAGCUAAAUCUAAGGAGAAAUUUUCGCGGUAAAUGGCUUAAUCCGUAUCAUUUCGCAAUUGAGGAAAAGAAGCGACUCUCAAGUUUACGUUACAGUCACACUCAGCCAUUGUAUUUCGACAAUGAUGACAAAUUUCUCUUUUUCUUCCGUGAUGUGUUCAAUCGAGUGAUUUCCCAUUGGGAACUAGCCAUUUCACCAGAUCAAAACUACAUCUACCACUUGGGAAUUCCACCGAAAACCGUUUGCAAAUGUGAAGUGAAGUGUGCAUAUUUGCACUUUGACUCCAUUUUGCCUUGCUGUGAACCUCUCCAAUCUGUUUUCUAUUCUUGCGAUGUCGGCUUUCCCAAACAAGCAAAUCUGUUUCUCCUAUUUUCUGAUCUAUUAGCAAAACUUCAAAAUAUUAUUGACGUCUUUAAACUAUUUGACGCAAUUUCUUGCGUGAUUUUCAUUAAAGAAUGGCUUAAAACAUCGGAGACACCAAAUGUAUUCUUCUUCCGUAAAUUUCCGAACUCAAAUGAGCUGGUUGUCGAUGUUCGCUUAUUUGAUGUCUUGGGUAGGAAUACAACUAACUCUUAUCAAGUUCUUGUUAUGGAUCAAAGCGGUGGUAUCACCAAGAAAAGCGUUUCCAAAAGCCUUCUCAAUGAAAUGAUCGUUGAACGAGUAAACGUCGAAGAAUUUCUAUCGCGUGAACUUAUCACAAAAGUUUGCCAAAACUUUUUCGGGUCUUAUUUAAAAACGUCAAAUGUUUGCGAAUUCUCAAAAGCAUUUCAAAUCGACGAAACGAAUUCGAAUCAGUAUAUGAAGGAAAUCGUUGACGUUUGUGUGGAUUAUUUUGACUCAAUCUUACUCUCAACCAAAAGUGCUGAACAAAUAAAGGGAGAACUGUGUGAAAAUCUCUAUUUUUCUCUAGAAAAGCUAAAACCGCUCGUUACUUCAAAAUUUGAAAAUUCUUGGCAAUACAUCGACGUUUUAGUGAAAAUAGAGGAUCAAAUAAAACUUUCUGUUGUUGGAAAGGAAAUGCCCCCGGCCUUGGAUCUCAAAAAAGCCAUGGAGAAAUUGGCUGAACCACAAACAUUUAUGGAUCUUUUACCCGGUUUGGUGCAUUUAGUCGGUUCGGACGAUCAAAUGAAGCACCUAAAGCAAAUCCUCCCAAUCCCUAUUAAUCACACUUUUGCGGAAUCUUUGCGAACACAGCUUGGGCUCGGGGAAAAGAUAUCGGUUCAACUUGAACCCGUUGGAAAAUGCCCAUUAAAGGACGAUUUAGAUGAUCUGGAU